UCUUGGCUUUGGUAUAAAUUACAGUCACUUUCUCUUUUGUUCUGGGAAUAAAUACUCUCUUCAUCACCUCGCUUUAAAGUCUGAAUAUAUACGCAUUAACAUCUCGUCCCUUACAAUUGGCAAAGCAUUAAAUCUUCCCAGUUUCUUCGUGUUCUUCAAGGAUUAGUCAAGCAAAGUUUUGGAAGCCCAUUUGGCGUGCUUCAAGAUCGUUAAUUUCGAUGGCCAGACAAAACUCGGUCUACGAUUUCAAAGUUAAGGAUGCUAAGGGAAAUAACGUUGAUCUCAAUCAAUACAAGGGAAAGGUCCUCUUGAUUGUCAAUGUUGCAUCCCAAUGUGGUUUGACCAACUCAAACUACACUGAGCUGAAUCAGCUGUAUGACGAAUUCAAAAGCCAAGGACUGGAAAUUCUGGCAUUCCCUUGCAACCAGUUUGGUGCUCAGGAGCCAGGGACCAAUGAACAGAUCCUCGAGUCCGCUUGCAAUCGCUUUAACGCUAAAUUUCCCAUCUUUGCCAAGGUGGAUGUGAAUGGUGAGAAUGCUGCUCCAAUCUACAAGUUUUUGAAGGAAAGCAAGGGAGGACUCUUUGGGGACAACAUCAAGUGGAACUUUUCCAAGUUUCUUGUUGACAAAGAAGGCAAUGUUGUUGACCGUUAUGCACCUACCACUUCCCCUCUUGCCAUUAAGAAGGACAUAAAGAAGCUUAUGCGAAAAUGAGUUGGUUCUUGAGUAGUAGCUUGGAGUAGUGCUACGAAUAAAGUGUCGUAAUGAACACCUCAUCCAUGUAUUUGUCCCUCUGUUGGACAUUUACUUAGCUUGGAUAUCGUUUGCCAAUUGCCAUGUAUUAUGGAAACAGUUUCUUGCACCUGUUCUGUAAAUCAGUAUCGUAUUGUAUUAUAUUAUUUUUAUACAAUACGGAGUUUGGUUUAUAUUA